AUGACGGCCCCUCUCGCGUCCUACUGGCGCAAAGUGGACUUUCAGUAUGGAUCGCAGCCAAAGCCGAGACACGGACACCGCGCGGUCACCUUCAAGAAUGACAUGGUCAUCUUUGGAGGCGGUAACGAAGGCAUUAUUGAGGAGUUUAGCGUCUUCAGACACGCUGAACAGCGAUGGUUCUCCAUGCCGGUAAAGGGAGACGUUCCGCCCGGUUGUGCUGCCUUCGGCUUUACCAAUGAUGAAACUCGAGCCUGGAUAUUCGGCGGAAUGCUAGAGUACGGCAAGUACAGCAAUGAACUGUACGAGCUCAAGCUGUGCAAUUGGGAGUGCAGGCGGCUGAAGCCGCGGGCGCCGAAAAAUCCCAACGCCCAGUCGCCUAAAGCCCGCCUGGGCCACUCCUUUAACCUGAUCGGCAACAAGAUCUACCUCUUCGGCGGCCUGGCCAACGACAGUCCUAAUCCCAAGCAGAACCUGCCCAAGUACCUGAACGAUCUGUACACGCUGGAGAUUAAAGCCAAUGGGACGUACCAGUGGGACUUGCCCGUUACCGCCGGCGUGCCUCCCUGUCCGCGCGAGUCACACAGCGCAGUGGCGUACUUCCCCAAAGGCGGCGGCAGUCCGAAGCUGAUCAUUUACGGGGGAAUGUGCGGCCUGCGUCUUCAAGACUUGUGGAUUCUCGAGAUUGAGACGCUCACCUGGAGCAAACCUUAUGUUAAUGGAAUUCCGCCGGCACCGCGAUCGCUUCACUCUGCCAACGUCAUCGGCGAGAAGAUGUACAUCUUCGGCGGCUGGGUGCCCAUGCUGCUGAACCCCGACAGGCCGGACGCCGUUCAGGACAAGGAGUGGCGGUGCACCAAUACGGUGGCCGUUUUCGACAUACCAUCAAAUACCUGGGAGUACGUCUCCAGUGAAAUUAGCGACGAGUCGGCGCCGAAGGCCCGCGCCGGACACUGCGCCGUCUCCAUUGGCAGUCGGGUGAUGAUCUUCUCGGGGAGAGAUGGCUACCGGAAGGCCUGGAACAAUCAGGUGUGCUGCAAGGACCUGUGGAUACUGGAGACGUCCAAGCCGGCAAAGCCGGAGCGCAUCGUCCUCACCAAAUCGGGCACCUCAGUUCUGGAGAUUACCUGGGGAGAGGUGACGGAGGCCGACAAGUUCCUUGUGCAAAUUCAAAAGGUCGACCCCAAGGAGUACGAGGCCUCGGUGAAGGAGCUCAACGAGGAGACGACCAUGUCGGGCAUUGGCGUGCUGGCGGCGGCCGCUGCCGCGCAGACGCCGCAGAAGAUUCUGGCGACGCCCAUUAAGGGCAACCCCACUGCCGGCGCGCAGACCAUCCGCUACAUCACGCCGUCAACGGUGAUCACAGCAGCGGGUGGAGGCGGCGGGGCGAACGUCAAGAUCCCCGCCAACCUUCGGCUGAUUGCGAACAUGCCGGGAGGAGGAGGAGGNGCCGGCGCGCAGACCAUCCGCUACAUCACACCGUCAACGGUGAUCACAGCAGCGGGUGGAGGUGGCGGCGGCGGCGGGGCGAACCUCAAGAUCCCCGCCAACCUUCGGCUGAUUGCGAACAUGCCGGGAGGAGGAGGAGGCGCCGGCGCGAAGCUGGUGCUCAAGUCGCCCGCAGGAGGAGUAGGAGGCCUCCAGUCGGGCACGUUUACGCUGGUGAAGACGCCCCAGGGAAUGGCGCUGGCCAACACCGGUGGCAGCGGCACUAGCACACCGCAGCUGCUGCGCGUCGUCAGCAGCAGUAGCAGCAGUGGCGGCGGCAGUCAGGUGACGCUGACGACCAACAAGUCGUCCACCACCUCCUCCUCCCCGCUGACCACUACCAUCUCGCCGGUGAUUACGGGCAGUGGUGGCACAGCAAAGACCGGCACCGCCACGCCCAAUGUGCGGAUGAUUGUGGUGCCCCAGGGUGGUAAUGGCACUCCACGGCUGACCGGUCUGCAGCUGGCACCGGGCGCGAAGACGGUGCGAUUUCCCGCCAGCACGCUGGUCAACGGCGGAGCCAGUGGCACGCAGCGCAUCGUCCUCUCGCCAGGCGCCCAGCAAAUUCGACUGGUCGCCUCGCCCGGCGCCGCCGGCGCCUCUUCCCAGCGCUUUGUGGUGCUCAGCGCCGGACAGACGCCCACCACGAACACUCCGGCGGCGGCAGUCACCUCGAGCACCACAAAGACCUCGAGCAGUGGAGGAGCAACGACGAAGACCACCAAUUCCACGGAGACCAUUUUGAUUGAUGACUCAGACGCCAGCCCGGCGACAACAGCAGCAGCAGAGCAGAAGGAGGCGCCCACCUCAAAGCCCUCCUCUGAGAUGAUUCCCCAGACUGAUGGAGCCGAUGACGAUGACUUCUCCGAGUCAACCAAUAGUAACAACAGUAAUGCGCUCUCAUCUUCACAGCAGGAUUCGGCNGAUGAUUCCCCAGACUGA